UCAUUUUUUUUUUUAUUUCCCCGCAUUCAGAUUCCAAAACCAGGGGCAACCCAUUCAAAAUGCAAAAGUUACAAACGCAGAGUUGACAUUUCUAUUCAUCCGUGCUGUUGACUUCGCUGCGCUCGCUUGAUCGAUCGAUCUCUUUAUUUUAAGGAAUUUGUGUUUGGAGUGGUAGCAAUGGCCAGUGGUUUUGGGGAAUCAACAAGCCGGUCACCCCAAAGCCCUUCUUACUCUAACAACAAUAGUAAUGGUGAUGCAGGCAAUUUUGAAUGCAAUAUUUGCUUUGACUUAGCUCAAGAUCCAAUUGUGACUUUAUGUGGUCAUCUUUUCUGCUGGCCAUGCCUUUACAAAUGGCUCCACAUUCACUCUAAUUAUCGAGAAUGCCCUGUAUGUAAGGCUAUAAUUGAGGAGGAGAAGUUAGUCCCCUUGUAUGGCCGGGGAAAAACAUCAACUGACCCUAGAUCAAAAUCCAUCCCUGGUGUUAACAUUCCAAAUCGUCCAGCAGGCCAGAGACCAGAAACAGCUCCCCAACCAGAGCCAAAUCACUUUCAUCAACAUCAACAUGGUUUUGGCUUUAUGGGAGGGUUUGCUCCGAUGGCAACAGCAAGAUUUGGGAAUUUCACUUUAUCUGCUGCUUUUGGUGGUCUCAUUCCUUCCUUAUUUAACCUUCAGGUGCAUGGGUUCCCAGAUCCUGCUAUGUAUGGGGCAGCUGCUGGCUUUCCUUAUGGGUUUACUAAUUCAUUUCAUGGUGGUCAUGCACAUGGAUAUCCUCUGCAUACCAGUCAAGGGCAGCAAGAUUAUUAUCUGAAAAGACUGCUUUUGUUUAUUGGUUUUUGCGUUCUUCUUGCUCUUAUUUGGCAAUAGAUGUAUCUGCAAUUUUUGCUCAAGGGCUAGUGGGUGUUUAGGCAUGUCAGCUAUAUUGUGUCUGUAGAUCUGUCAGUUCAUAUUCUCUUAACUCUUUUCGCUUUUCAUUAUUAUUUUUUUGGGUGAGUGAGAAAUUGUUUAUACCAUACUUUUAGAGGAAUUGUAGUUUAUUUCAUGUUUGUGCUCAGCUUGUGGAAUGCAAACUAUAUGUGGUUGGAAUGGGUUGCAA